AAAAAAUGACUUCGUGUUCGAAAUAUUAGUUUGUGCAUAUCAUCAAUAAUUCCGUUCCAAUCAUUGCUUGAAUUAAGACACUACUGGAAAGGCAAUUCUGGCACGGAACAAUAUGGGACGUGAAAAUCGUCUUGUUCUGGUGUUAGUUCACGUUUGUAUUGAGCUGGGUGUGCUUGUGAGUGGAGCCAUCGUGUACCCAUCGCUGCAUUGGAGUUAUCAAAACCCUCUGUAAGUGCUGGUAAUAAUUGAAGUACAUGUUCAUUGUUGUAUGUAUUCACUAGUAGUAAAACCACACUAAUUUUAAUACUACAACUGAAACAGCCGCCUUCUUUAGGGAAGUCAGCCUAGGAUAGGACCACAGUAAAGCGACAGCGGAAUGAUUUUGUUCUAAAUAAGAGAUCUUAACGACUUGAUUUUGAUGUAGUAGAAAAUGAAGGAACUCGAUAUUGAAUUAAUUAUUAUCUUACAAACCACAAAACGCAUGUAAGCAACUUAACCGGAAAGGUUUUGAAUCACAGGUGAGAAAAUAGGCAAACUUUAAUUUCCUGCCAAGUUUAACUACUAAAUUCCCUUUUGCUUGAAGGAAUAGUAUUUUAUAUGAGAUCCGACGGAUUUUUUUGUUGAUUAACUGAGAACGUGAAGUGAUCGCUGGUGAAACUUGUGCACUGAAGUAGACGGUGUUUAGUCGCACGGUCCUUGUUUUUUACUCCGUUUUUAACGCACGACUUUAGAGCGAAGGAGAAAUAACUUUAAUUCUAUGGAAAGGCUUUUUGUAAUGCAUUUGGAAUGAAAGCUAACACCCUCAAAUCAAGGGUCAUCUUCAAGGGAAAAGUGUAUUUGCUUAAGCUAAAAGCCAGUCGUGUCUUUUCUAUAAGCAGAAAUGACAACAAGUCCAAACUACCGCAUGAUCUUGGCUUAUAGCCAUAUAAAUAGGCAGGGUUUCAGACCUUUCAAUAUUAUUUUUGCUGUCGUAUUACGUUGCAUGGGGCAAUUUCGUGUCUGCUGUCAGAACUUCCUUCUUCCCUAGCCUUUAGCACUUAUCCUUAAUGCGCUCUAUUUUUGGGGAUAAAAAUUUGAAUAAUCUUUUUCCUUUAUAGAUCAUUUGUUUACCCCUGAAAAAAGCUUUAUUUUGACAGUGUUUGAAUCAACCGAGUUCAGAUAUCUAUCAAACACAUCCAAUUUAACUUAAAAGUUUCUCCAGUUACGAAUCAAGUAGCACUGCGAACUAAACUUCUCCAGUACAAAACAAAAUUGAGAAAAGAUAGUUGGCUUUUGAAAACUAGCGAACAGCUUGUGCGUCAUGCAUCUAAAAAUAGCUAUGUUAUUUUUCCAAAGAUAUAACCCAACUCUUCCAACUCCUCUAGUUUUGAAUGCAACCUGUGUUUAGAUGUAUGAUAAAUACAGACAUGUGCAUCACAGACUGACAGGUGUUUCAGUUUGGAAGUCACUUUCAUUUAUCAAAAAUAAAGUUUCCUGUUCCUAGAUGCCCCAAGGACAUGCUUGUGGCUGACAGAAGUGCUAGGAGCAACUUUCAAGAACAUUUUGUAGCUUUUCUUUGUCAUCGAUCACAGUACACUCUGUAGAGAACAUGGAAGAGUGCUUUGUAUUUGAAUGUUGUAGACCUCAAAUAGCAAAUCAAAAGUUUCAAUAUAUGCAAUACAUUAGGAACAUGAAUGGAUAUAUGCAAAAGUCCUCAUUUUACUUACAUGUGUAAACCUGUAUCUACAAUAGUAAUGCUUUAUUAGGCACUGAUUAGAAAUGCUUUCCUAACUACUAAAUUGAAAGGGAAAGUUGAAAGACUUGUAAUAAAAAAUUAUUGUACUCUGUUUUUCAUGACAUCAUACAAUAUUUGGAGUAAGCCAACUUCCAACUUUGAGGUUGUUUGAAGGAUUUUAUUUAGGACUUCAUGAUCAUUGACUGAAACUAGAAACAAUGCACUUAUUAUAAUAGAAAUAUCAUUUGAUUUUUAAACGAAACAGUUAUAACUGCAGUGCUUUUGUUAGCCAGCUAAUUCUACGUGGUUAUACAUUUUCUUAAAAUUGUUUAUCUUUUGUUUCUUAACAGCAGUGGGAAGUAGAUAUAUUUGUAACAGACAACUGUCUCUGCCAUAAAAUUUCAUCUCAAUAUUUUAUAGACAAUUAAAACUCCAUAAUUAGUACAAAAGAUCUUUGUGUCCUUUCUAUUUAUUCUUGAUGAUGAUGAAUGCAGACUUCAAACAUUAGCAGCAUAUGUAAAGUUGUUGCCUAUUGAAGUAUUCUUAAAAGUGAUACAUCAUUUUUAAUGGGGGCUCCUUUAUCAUAGUUGUGUUAUUUACUAAUAGUUAUAAAUGUUGUAGAACUUUCUAUUCUUGAUUUUGUUGAGGUUGGGAACAUGAACAGUGAUAAAUUUAGAGUGAGUUUAAUGACUAAAACUUAAUGAAAUAUUCUAAUGUGUAAGCAAAACAAUGCUGUUUACUUGCUAAGCUGACAAAAUUAUCUUCAGAGUGGUGCCAAGUAUUCAGUCUUGGAAUUUUAUCAUUGGAUGUAUCUGAUUUUUUGAAAUGAUUAUUAACUAUCUUAGAUAUAUGUCAUGGCUGUUAAUUGUUUCUCAAACUUUACCUUGUUUUCACACUGACAAUCAAAAUUUGAAGCAAAGGAAACUGAAAAUUUCAAUGAUCUGACGAUCUGAAACAUCAAGAAGAGAAAUUGAACAACAAUAUCUACAAUGCGGCCACUGGACCAGAUCCAAUUUACACAACAAGAUCCAAAAUACAAUUAGUGUUAAAAGGUUUCAAAAUUCAGUGACUUUCCUUUCUGAGUUGUAGCCAAGUUACAUAUAAGCAACAAACUCUAUUGAUUAGUCAAUUACAUGUAUUCAGUGUAACACCAUCCCAGUUGUAAUCAACCCAUGUUUUUUCCCAAGUUGAACAACAGAUUGACAGAAACAUUGCAUAAUGAUAUUAAAGAUAAGUUAGAGGUAUUAUACUCAGCACUAAUCAGGUGUGAAUCCCAUUUAUGGGACUGAUAAGUGGAAAACACACAGGAAAUGGCCUCUUGAUAUAAGAAUUUGAUAAUGUUUUUAUCUUUAGAAGCAGGGUUUAAACUGUUCCUGUGUGGUUGAAUCAAUAAAACAACUGUGGAUAAAGAUUGCAUUUAAGCAUCUUAAGUCACAUAGUUCAAGGUUAAGCUGGUUUAGAACUUUUUUAUCAGUUGGUGUUUUGAUCAAGAUAAGAAUUCACAGACUCAUGAAAUCUUUAUUGUUUAUUGUUAUGAUCAUGGCAGAAUAAUUGAUUCUUAUCUUUCAGCAAGAGGCAGAGGUGGAAUAUUCUUUGCAAAGUUAAUAAAAGUAAGAGCAUAGGUUAAAAUUGGCUUGGCAGGUUUUAAAUUAAAUCACAUAUUUUGUGUUUCUGCCUAACAUCUGACAACCGUAAUUUAGGAGUUGAUGUUGUCAAAAAUUGAGUUGACACAAUGUACCCUUUACAUGGUACUUAUUAAUUAUCUUCACAUCCUGUAAAAUGUUUGCCAAAGGGCACUUUUGUGUUUUGAUUUCCCAAUACUCUUAAUUGAGAAAGAUCUUGGUUCUUAGUUCUAAGAUAUGUGGUGUACAGGAACCUUAUGGCUGCACUGAGAAAUCUGUUCAUCAUGCAAAAAAACUUACAGGUACUUGCCUUGAGUGGAUUCAAACUUGCAAGUUGCUUAGUUGUGACUUGAGAAAUUGUAUCUAUAUCUUUUGUUUCUGCUUGUGGAUGACCAUUAAAAUUAUGAUCACAAUAAAGAUAUCAUGUAAAAAACAACAAGGUUGGUUCUGAACCUUGGAGUUUGCCUGUUAGUGCACUGUAAUUGGAAAACCACAUACCCUAAAGUAUAAUGUUAGCUUAUUGUUUAUCAGAAAAAAAGACAUCAAAUACAAGUUAUAGGUAUUUUAGAGUCAGUUCACUUCUUUCCCUGCCCUUCUAAGAUAACUUGCUCUUUCCUCUUUCUGUUUUUAUGCUGUCUGUCAUUGUUUAUUUUAUAAGAAACCUCCAACAUGAGCCUUCACCAGGCCUUGUGGUUCUCCCCAAGAUUUCAUGACUCGGGAUGUUCAUCAAAGAUUCUUUGAAUCUUAGCAAAGAAUGACAGACUCUUCUUAAAAUGCUUCAGCUCUCCAAAGAGGAUUGUUUAGACAGGGCCUAUCUAUCUAAGUCCAUUGCUCCUCUUAGGGCAUAGGGCUUCAACAACAGUCCACCAGAGACAGAUCUCUGUUCUGGACCAUCCUUUUUCACUGGCUCCAUGAGUGGUUGAUCUUUGUGAUGUCAACCUGGAGGUCAUGAAGCCAGGUGUUCCUUGGUCACCCUCUCUUUCUCUUGCCAUGGGGAUUCAAGCUGAGGGCCUGUCUUCUGAUAUUUGUUGGUUGACAAAGGGUGUACCCUCUCCAUUUCCAUCUUUACCUUUUGAUUUCAUCUUCUGCUGGUUGUUGGUUGGUCUCCCUCUGGAAUUCUGUUGUGCUGAUGAUAUCUGGCGAGCAGAUCCCUAGAAUUAUUCUCAGGUCUUUAACAAGUUGCUUAUUAGGCAAUUGUGCAUAAUGAGGCUGCACCAUUGUAAUUUGUUUCAGACUGGAAUGAUCUCUCUCUGUGGUCUUAGCACGAUUCAAUGUCCUUUUAAAAGGUUAACAUUAUAAAAGUAACUGAAUGUAAUGGGUUGUUGGAAGCUUCACAUUGACUCAGGCUGCUACACGAGAAAACAUCGCGUAUGAUCUUUUGCAUAAUGCUCCUUCAAGCUGUUGAAAAAGAUUUGGAAUUGUCAUAGCUUUUCACAUUGGUAGGUUACUUUUUCCUUACACACCCUUGCAUUCUUUUUUGUGUUAUUCAUGCCGAGACUGUGUGAUAGGUUUAACCGCUGUAGCUGUUUACUCCUUACACCCUAACAUCAGUUUACACAUUCUCCUUACUGUUCUCUAAACAUUUUCUAAGAUGCUGACAAGGAGAAUUUGUUUAACAAUCAUGGGCCUCUUUAGUUGAUGAUCAUUUCCUUUAUUCUCAAGACCUUGAAGUCAGAUUCAGAGGUGAUAUUGUAAGGAGAAAUAGGAUGCUUGUCACUCUCAGGGGCUUAGGGGUUGUGGCACAACAAUUGCAACCUUAAAAACAAAGCAUCAUAAAUUUUACAAAUUUAAACAUUUUGAAAAUGAGUUACAAAAGUGUAGCAGCCUGAGUAUAACAGUGAUUGCUUAAGCUAUGGCAGAGGUUCACUGUGCAGCAAGAAAGGACUGAACACUGUGAGGACCUUAAACAGUUGUCAGGCACCUGUUACUCACUUAGGAUUUAAUUGUUAUUUUAUUAGUUUUGCCAGUUAUAUGCAUCUUAAUGAUUUUUCUUCUUUAUUUUUCAGAUUUAAUAAAGGAAAUUAUCGCUUAAAUGUCCUUCCAGGAUCUAAGCUCAACAUAAUAUGUCCACAUGUAGCAGUAUCUCUAGUGGAGAGACAGGAUACUGAUACUGGUUUUAACUGCGAAAAUUUUUGGCGAGUAGAUUUUAACAGUUAUCAGACUUGCAAUGUGAACAAUAACAGCAUACCACAGAACAAGAUAUUCUUAUCAUGUGAUGAUCCACGUCAGAUGCAGUUUGAGACACUUGUGUUUCAGCCUUUUAAUGCUGACCCAUCUCGAGUAUUCAAGAAAGGAAAGGUCUAUUAUUUCAUUUGUAAGUGUGUUUUGUGUCUUUUAAUAUUUCAGCAAACAUAACACAUGAUCUUAGCUUUGUCAAUUCUAUGAUUUUUUUCUUUUUAAAAAAAACUUCUAUCUUUCACCUAAUUAAUAAUCAUCCAUCUUUCUCUCCUGUAAGGCAAAAGAUCAAGGCCUUUGAAGGUAGAUCAGAGAGUCCAGCUUUCAUAAGGCUGGAAAUCAACUAUUAUAAUUGCCUUUUAAGGGAAUGAUAUCAGAUGCAAUGCAAUCAAUGGUUCUUAUUCCCUUCAAACUUAUCGCUUAGUAGUGGUUAACUAAAUGUAUGAAAAUUAAAUAACAGACUGAGUAACUUGGAAAGCAAACAGGACUUGCCAUACUUUCAUUAAAUAUAAUAGUGCUUCUCAUUAGCAUUUGGAAGUAGAGGAUUGUUACCUCCUCUGAGAGGAUGUUCUUCAUGAUACACACCUCUGAUCUUUUUCUUUUCUGUUGUUUAAUUCAAGGUCAGUAGACUGUUUCCUUUUCCUUAAUUGCCUUAAGCUCUGAUUUAUUCGCUCUGAUGAAGGGCUAUCACUCAAAAUGUAAGCUUUGAAACUCAAUGGUGGCCAAUUUACAUGAUCAACUUAGUUGAUAUAUACUAAAUUACUUUGUUAUACUCUCCCACUGACACAGUGCCACAGUUUCUUCAGAGAAGUACUGCCCUAAUUGUAUUACUUUGUUUACUGAGUGAAGAGAAACCAAUCAAGAUUCCUGUUUUUCACAACAGGAAUGUUCAUGUAGCCUAGCUCUUUGGAAUUUGAAUUUAAAAGUGCUAUCUUCAUUUCUUGCUUCUGAUGUUUUUAUUUUUAUUUUCUUGUAUUGCACCUGCAGCUACCUCAACUGGAUCCUAUGAUUCAUUGAAGGAAAGAAGAGAUGGACAUUAUCUAACAAAAAACAUGAAAAUGCAAAUAUAUGUUUGUACAGGACCUGAGGGUAGGGUUAUUUUAUAAACAGUUUCUAGUUAUGUUAUCAAUCAGACAGUAGUAGUCCUUGUUCAUUAAUCAGUAAAUAAAUUACAAAAUGGUAUCUUUUUCUCAUUCAUUUUCACCCAACUUUGACUUCUGAGUUCCAAAAUUGUUAUAACAUGUUGAAUGAUGGGUAUUUUGUGCUUUUUCCUUUUACUAGAUACAAACUGCACUGAUAAGAAACCUACUACUAAACCACCCCAGGUUGCUGUAGAAACCUUGAUAACAAGUACAACAUCAGCCCCAAGUACAGUUAGGGUGGAAACGACAAAGUUGUCUUCUUCAAAACAGCCAUCACCUCCUCAAACUAACAGCACUGAAACUGACAUACUAUCCCCUCAACCAAGUUUUCGUGGUCAUCCAACUUUAGGAGAUCAACCUCUUGCUGAAGCAAGCACAAAAGGAAAAGAUAGUUCCCACAGUACGAAUGGUAAACAUCAUUGCAUGCAUGUACCUUUUAAUAGUAGAUAAUAACUUCUAGACCACUUCCAAGUUCUUGUGGUUCAGUGUAGCAAUCAAUUAACUCUCUUUUGAUUUGUUAUCCUUUAGAGCAGUAGGGUUUUGUUUCUAUUACAUUUACGUUUAUCUUUUUUCACAGGAACAACUAUACUUGGUGUUUCGCUGGGAAUUAUUCUGCUUAUUUCAAUUGGAUUCAACUGUUACUGUUUCUGGUGUGUAUGAAGUAAUCUGCUCACAUAUUUAUUAAUCAAUUGUUAAUAAUUGAUUUAAACUUUCUGACGGUGAUUGAAAAAAUUGAUUUAUAACAAAGCUAGUAAAUUUGUCUAAUCAAAUUCAAUUGCUCAAGAAGCUAGAGUUGCUCUCAGCUAUGCCUCGGGCAACUCUUACGCAUCUUUUGUGCUCUCCAAACUUCCUGCAUGCUUCAUAUCUCAAUGAAUGCAUGCUGAUGUAUGAACCAGUUGUCAAUUUUACAAGGUACAUCUUUAUAAAUCUCAUUUUGUGUUAUUUCUGAAAAUGCUAAAUCUUGUGUUGUGUCAACUAUACUAGUGGUGUUUACUCAUAGGCGAUUUACAUUCCUAAGUCUUGGUGUCAUCAUCUCUCCCAAUGUUUUGCAAUUUGUCUAGAAAUCUAUGUUGUUGUAUGAGACAGUUAAACAAGUAAUCAUAGCCAUUACAAUUUCCUCAAGUGUGAUUGGGGUGAUUUCCUCAAAUGAUUAGUUGGUAACAGCUGACUCUUGAUUAACAAAUUGGACUCCUGCUUCACAGUUGUCUGAUUUUGUUUGUUGCUGGUAUGAUUACAAACUGAAUUGAUCAAGGGACAAAUUUUGGUCUAGAAAAAUUUUUGUUUUGUUGGUUGCAUCUGCAUUAAAAAUUUCAAAGCUAUCAAAUUUUGUCAGGGCCUGAUCUGUUCAUGAGACCAGCCAGCAUAGUUGCUAAAAGACUCCACCUCCAAUUUCCAGGAUUUAUCCUAAGUCAUUUUAAAAUUUUAGAAUCCUUAAGUUUUGCAGCAAAAGACAAUUUUUGCCUCUCUAAUGAGCUGAUGUCAGUUCAAUUACAUGCUUGUUGAAGCUUAUACAACAAAUUACUGUCAAGUUUUUUUACAGUUUUGUUUAUUUAGUUUAUUUUACCAAAUUUUUACCCGCAACAAAUUUUGAUGGCAGUGCAUGUCAACCACAAACCAUCUGCUCUUGAAAAAUGUUGGUGAUGACAGAAAAUUUGUCUCAAUAAACAACUUUGUUGCUAGUGCAGAAAGGCCCUAAAUUGAGAUCAACCAAGAAAAAGAAAAAGAAAAUCUUAUUUGUACCACUGGGGCUUUUAAAGUGUUAUCAAUUUUGGUGGCAAACCUAUGAGCUCCAAGUUUUAUCUUUUCUGUGGAAAGGGUACCAGAAUAUUCUAAUGCAUGUCUUUCUGUUUUUUUCAGGAAGCCGAGAUUACAAUCAUCAAAACAGGGUGAAAAAAGCGGUCCUCCCUCAACACCAACACCUGUGUAAUGAUUUCAUUCACAAAAAUGAUAUAGUUUAGAUAUAAUAUCAUCUUUAUAGAUAUCAGUUAAAAUUUAUGAUAAAAAAAUGGCAGUAAUUACUGCUAAUAAUGAUAAAAAAAUGUUUCAGGUUUGUAACACAUUUAAAUCUCAGUAAAUUUGUUAGUAUUGAAGUUUAGACAGUGUCCCAUUGAUUCAGUAAUAGUCAAGCUCUGAGUGUCUUGGAAAGCCUAUACAUUUAAUAAAAACCUACAGGGAGAAACAACAUGUAUCUGGCUGCAAUACUGGGAUUGUUCAAAGCUCUUCUUGUUUCAUAUUUAAUGCCUGAAACAAACUGUGAAAAUCUGCAAGUCAGUGUCGAAGGGACUUACACAUUACACACUUAACUAUUUUGUAUUGGAGUGUUAAAAAGACACUGGCUCAAUGUGGACAGACUAAGCUGUGCUGCUUAUGGAAGAUAGGGAUGGUCUUUUUAUAUUAUGUUCACUUUAUUUAUGUAAAUUAAGAUAUCAAGAAAAAGAAAAUCACUAUUUGCCAAGGAUAGAACCAGUGGCUUCAGAAGUUGAUUGGGUUGAAAUCGUUGUGUCAUGUAUCCAAUUUUUAAAUAUCAAUUGAUUGACUCUUGGCUAUGAAGAACAGUUAGUGUUCAAGAAAUUAAUCCCUUGUUCAUCAUUUGUAAGAGAACCCUUUAUAUGUAUUUCAGUAGUGGCACAAUUGACAUUGUUGGGAUUUGUAUGUAAAUACCUACACCUUACAGGCCUUUGUGUUUUGACUAAUGUAAGAGCAUGUUUUGAAGAGUGAUUCAUGUAAUCUUUUUUGUUUUAUUUUUGGGAGGCCGAGUUAGUAUUAAGCAAGUAAAUUUCAACUGUAUAGUAUUGUGUAGAAAUGAUUUAAACAUUUGCAAUGUUGUACCUUUUUGAAAAAAUUAACAUUUACUGUUAGAACUGUUGUUGGGUCCUGUUGUAACUGUCAUGAAUAAGAGAGGUGUCAAUACAGUCAAACCUGUAUUAGGCAGUCCUCCUGUAUUAAUCACUACAAUUUUCACUUCUAUUAAGUGGUCACCCUGUGUUAAGGAAUCCAUCUUGCCUGCUCAGGUAGCCAAUCAAAACACAGGAUUCACUUCCAAUUGCCCCUUGGCACUACCAGCAUUAUAUCAAUUUUUUAUCACCUUUGUUAGCAUUAUGGCUGCUGCCAAUAGGGAACCUGUUAACUUUAUCCUAAUAAAUAUCUAAUAAUCUGACAUACAUAUACAGUAAAGUGAUCUCGAUUAUUUUACUAGUUGUGUGUAACAGUGAUAUAUGUAGCCAUUUUUAACCCUCCUAAUGCUACGAACAUGGAUCAUAUGGAGAGCAAAAUAAUCUACUCUUUAACGAUAAGGGUUUAGAUACAUAAAGGAUUAAGAAAUUCAGCAAUAUCAUAUGGUCUCAGUACUCUAAAUAGUCCAAUCACAAAGAAAAAUGAUAUGUAAAUAUUAAAAUAUAUACUAAAGUAUUAUGAAUAUUAUGAAGUCUCCCUAUAAUCAACUUUUAAUAAUAAUGAAAACGUUUGUCCUUAUUCAAAAUAGAUGAGCUUUCUAUCUCAAAGGUAGAGUUAUUGAUGUCCGUAUGAAUAUAUUUUAUAUGGCUUUUAAAUCUGUUGAUGUUGUCAUAAUUUUUAACUCGAUUUGGCAGAGCACUCCAUAACAAUGUUCCUCUAUGCUUGAAGGAGAGUCUUGCAUAAGGAGUUUGAAGUUAUCAGUUGCACAAGGUAUUCUGUAAAUACAUUUGGCUGCUUUGGGCGACCCUAAAAGCCGGAACUUUUCUUUUCACGCCAUGAGAAAUUCCCACGCGCGUGACACCCCGCAAACCUCUCUUCACCUAGUGUUACUCAAGUCCCAAAACUUAUUCGUGGAUGAAAAAACGCUCGUAUUGAAGGGGUCGUAACGAGGGUUUGCUCUCACGCCAGACUAAGUUUGGAGCUGGGGC